AUGACGGGAAGUUCUGACGUUGCUUUGCAGAUGGCGACCCUUAAUGGAGCUGAAACGCCCGUGCCAUACUGCUCCCUCAGACGAGCUGCCACACAGGAUCGCUUCGCCCAAGACAGCUUUGAUUUCUCCAUACCUGUUCUGCAGUGGGCAGGGAGCUUCAGUGAAUCUGAAUGGCAUCGACAUCAGAAUGCGCCGCCUCCCUAUGGCUGGGGAGGCCUGCCUGCCUUUGGUUCUGCCCUGUCUCUGCUGAAUAACGCAUCGAGCAGUCGUUUGUUUGAACGGGGUUCAAGAGAUCAGUGUGUGACGUGUGCUGUGGUGGGUAACGGGGGCAUCCUCAGGGGUUCCGGACAGGGACAGGCCAUCGACAGUCAUCAUUUUGUGUUUAGAGUCAAUGGUGCCAUAACAAAGGGAUUUGAGGAAGAUGUGGGCUCAAGGACAUCAUUUUAUGGAUUCACCACCAACACACUGAAACACUCACUGAAGGCGUAUCACUGGGACGGGUUCAGGGAGAUUCCACGGACCCCAGAUAUUCGAUAUAUCUUUAUUCCAGUGAGCAUUCGGGACUAUGUUAUGCUUACUGCUACCAUUCAGGGAACAACAGUGCCUUCAGGAGAAGAUAAAGGAGACUGGCCCUCAAAGUAUUUUGGAUACAAACCACCAACAGACAAGUUCAGAAUGCUUCAUCCACAUUUCAUUCAGUAUGUGACCAAGAGGUUUCUGAACUCGCCUCUGUUAAACAUGAGGUAUGGCAAUCUCUACAGGCCGAGCACAGGAGCGCUGAUGUUACUGACUGCCUUACAUACCUGUGAUAAGGUGUCUGCAUAUGGCUUCAUUACACGGAACUAUGGAGAUUUCUCUGACCACUACUAUGACUCCGUGAAAAAGCCUCUGCACUUUUACGCUAACCACGACCUGCUGAUGGAAAGCUGGCUGUGGGAGUUUCUUCACUGGAAAAAACUCAUAUGGCUUUAUCAAAGAUACAGCAGGGGCUGA